AUGACAGCAGUGCUCUCAUCCAUGGACCCCCUGCGAAAGGAGAGGACAAUGUCUUUCGACGACAACGCCGUCAGCUACUCUCCUGGCGGUACAGACUGGAGAACCAAGUACAAUGAAGUGCUUGAUAUGCUCGCAGAGACCAAGGCCGAACUUGACGAAUUUCAUCACGCAAGCAAGGAACUAGAAGCAGAGUUGGAAGCGGAAUUGGCACGCACAGAACAGGCCCAGCAAGACCUCAAGAUAAAGGUCUCGAGGGCCGAAUCAGAGCGGGAUGACUGGAAGUCCAAGUUCAUGUCUCUGCAGACCAACCACAAUACGACAACAACUUCGCUUCAACGGGAACUAGACAAGCUGCGUCAGGAAUAUCAGUCUGUUAAAGUUCAACUGCGGGAAUUGGAGAUGGGAAAUGACGAUCUGGAGCGGAACGAGCGUGCUAUAUCCUGUAGUCUGGCGGACAUGGAGGCCAAGUAUUCGCGCGUGUUGGAGGAGAAGAUCUUGUUGGAGCAGGAACUGUUAGAGAAGGUUCAUUUGGAAGAAGAGACGCAACGAUUGAAGGACGAGUUAAGAGAUGCCAAUGAAGAAAACUCUGUCCUCAAGAAUAAACUCUCUUCUGCAGAAGCAACCGCGGCAGAACAGGCUUCACAACUCCUCGAUUUACAGCGAACUAGGCGCUCAGAGGAAAACCUCCGGCAGACAUCGCGGCCACCUGACCUUGACCUAUCUGAACUCUCACCAAGGUCGAAAGCGGCAGGGUCGCAAGUCACGACGCCGAAAGCUUCUGGACUCUCCAAAUCCGUUACCCAAGCAUCGCUACAGCGUGCAUCCCUCUAUAGCAAAGAAAGCCCACUCAGCGCACUCAAAGCUUCCCACUCGUGGAACGCCGACAGCUAUUCGAACCUCCACCUCGACGUCAUCAACAAGUACCACCGCCUCAAGGAAUAA